GGGAAGCAUACCGCCGCGCUGCGGGAACAGGUUCCGGUCACUUCCGCCUGUCGGAACCCCGUCCCCCACAGCCGCUCUAGUUCCGGCGCCCGGAACCUGGCAGGGACGGCGAGAAGUCCGGCCCGAGACGCGGCCGAGGCUACGACCACGACCGGCCGGCAGUUCCGGAUGGAGAGCGGAGCCUAGCUGGCCCGGCCCGGCGGCGGGGACUUGCAGGCCCCCGAGACCCGGCCUAGGAGCCGACACCCAGCCCUGAGCCAAUCCCGCCCCGGCCCCGGAGGGACUCCCGGGCGCCCUAACCCGCGGCUCGCCGACUUUCCUCCGUGACGAAGUUUUCUCCUGUGCCUUCCCGAGGAGGAUCGCUCUCUAGCUCUAGGACUCGUCUUCUGGCGGACUUGCUUGGUUUGCUUUGGGAGGUAACUUGCUUCGCUCCCACCCACAUCUCCUUUCCUUGACCACUUCCUGUCGGACGUUCUAGGUGACUGAAUGGAGUUUUGAGUUGGACUCUCGUGUGCCUUAUAGAGUUGAGCCUGAUCCUGGAGCGCUGGGAGUGGGGUGGCGUCAGCUGUAAGAUGCAAAUUGGAUAAAAGGAGGACCUCUCGCCAAAGGCCCCAAUGAAUGGCACACAGUCUACUAUCACCGAUGCGUUGGGAUCGGUAACAUUCAAAGAUGUGACUAUGGCCUUUACCAAGAAGGAAUGGGAGCAACUAGAUCCUGCUCAAAAGAGCCUGUACAAGGAUGUGAUGCUGGAGAAUUACAGCAACCUAGCCUCAAUGGGAUAUCAAGCUCUCAAACCAGACAUGAUAUCCAAGUUGGGAAAAGGAGAAGAGCCAUGGCUGGGGAAGGGGAAAAGACCCAGACAAGGUGGUCUGAGUGAAAUAGCAAGACCCAAGGGAAUAGGAGCCAAUGGAAAAGAAGUCCAGCAAGAUGAUGACCAGCUAGAGAACCACCAGGAAUCUCAAAACAAACUCCUUGGGGAAGUUGCUUUCAAGAAAACAACUCUGACUAAGAAAAAGGGCCAUGAAUGUAGUUCAUUGGGGAAAAAAAAUGUGAGUACAAAAUAUGUUCCUUCAAAAAAAAAGCUUCUUAAAUUUGAUUCACAUGGAAAGAAUUUAGACUUACCUGGUCAUGUAAGAAAUUAUGUAGAAAAGAAACCCGAUGUAGCUAAAGAGCAUACGAAAUCAUUCAGCCAUAGCUUAUCUGAUACAAAGAAAGACAAAAAUCAAACUGGAAAAAAAUGUGAGAAAUUACCCAACCAUAGCUCAUCUAAUAGGCCUGACAAAACUCAAACUGGCAAGAAACAUACUGAACGGGACAAAAUUCAAACUGGAGAAAAACAUAAGGAAUCAUCCAGCCAUAGCUCAUCUCCUACUAAGUGUGACAAAACUCAGAAUAAAGUGAAACCAUAUGAAUGUAAUGAAUGUGGGAAGGUUCUCAGCCACAAACAAGGACUCGUUGACCAUCAGAGAAUUCAUACAGGUGAGAAACCAUAUGAAUGUAAUGAAUGUGGGAUAGCCUUUAGCCAAAAAUCACACCUUGUUGUACACCAGAGAACUCAUACUGGAGAAAAACCAUAUGAGUGUAUUCAGUGUGGCAAAGCCCAUGGUCAUAAACAUGCCCUCACUGACCAUCUGAGAGUUCAUACUGGUGAAAAGCCCUAUGAAUGUACUGAAUGUGGGAAAACCUUCAGACAUAGCUCAAACCUUAUUCAACAUGUGAGAUCUCAUACAGGUGAGAAGCCCUAUGAAUGUAAGGAAUGUGGAAAGUCCUUUAGGUAUAACUCAUCUCUUACAGAACAUGUGAGAACUCAUACAGGUGAAAUACCAUACGAAUGUAAUGAAUGUGGAAAAGCCUUUAAGUAUAGCUCAUCCCUUACUAAACAUAUGAGAAUUCAUACAGGUGAGAAACCCUUUCAAUGUAGUGAAUGUGGGAAAGCUUUCAGCAAGAAGUCACACCUCAUUAUACAUCAAAGAACUCAUACUAAAGAGAAACCCUAUAAAUGUAAUGAAUGUGGAAAAGCCUUUGGACAUAGCUCAUCUCUUACUUACCAUAUGAGAACUCAUACUGGUGAAAGUCCUUUUGAAUGCAAUCAAUGUGGGAAGGCUUUCAAGCAAAUUGAAGGUCUUACUCAACAUCAGAGAGUUCACACUGGGGAGAAGCCCUAUGAGUGUAAUGAAUGUGGGAAAGCCUUUACCCAAAAGUCACACCUCAUUGUACAUCAGAGAACUCAUACUGGGGAGAAACCCUAUGAAUGUAAUGAAUGUGGAAAAGCGUUCAAUGCAAAGUCACAACUUGUUAUACAUCAGAGAUCCCACACUGGAGAGAAACCUUAUGAAUGUAAUAAAUGUGGAAAAGCCUUCAAACAAAAUGCAUCCCUUACUAAACAUAUGAAAACUCAUUCAGAAGAGAAAUCUCAUGGGUGAAAUUAGUGUGGGAAAUCUGAACUAAAGGUUUUAUGUAACCUUAGAAGUAUUCUAACUUUAAAGAAUGUUAGAAAGCUUUUAACAAGAAGUUACACCUCGUUACACGUGAGAGAAUUUGAAAAUGAAUCACCACAUGGAAGAAAUGGAUGGAGAGUUUAAACCUUUUAUAUAAAAUAUUGUUUUAAAAAUAUUUUAAAUGAUCUAUAUAUUCAGGUUGAAUAUAAAGCUUUUAAAAUUGUUAAUAAUUGAAUAAUCAGAGCACUAGAGAAACAAAUUACAUUUUCUGACAAUUCCUGAGUUGCUUGAGGGUUGUGUACUUAAACACCACAUGUGAGAAUUGAAUUGGUGUAUCUGUUUAUUGCCAUGUAUAAAUGUGUGUGACCAUUGGUAUGCGUUUCAUCUUUGAUGCUAUCAUGCAGCUCUUUCUUAAUGUCUUUGCUAGUACCUGCGUCAGCAGAAAACUUUAUAGAAGGGUUAUUAUCUAUGUUAAAAAAAAUGUUAACACAAAAUUAAGAGAAAAUGAAAGAAAUCAGCUGAGAACACACAGGUGCUGGUAGGGAAUGCUAUCCAAGAUAUAUUGUUGAGUGAAAAAAGCAGGUUGCUCAACUGUGUAUAUAGUUUAUUCCCACUUGUGUACAAAAGGGUGUGUGUGUUUUUCUGUCUGUGUGUAUGUAUGUAUGUAUUUGUGUAUAUAUAUGUAUAUUUAUAUGUGAGUAAAUUGGUUUGAAAAAAUACAAAAGAAACUUAGCGGUUGCCAUUGGGCACAGGACUACAGGAAUGGGGUCUGGGAUGGGACGGAGACCUCCUUUUUAUUGUAUACUCUUUACAUUUUUAAAUCAUGUACAUAUAUUAUUUUCACAAUUAAAAUCCUUUUAAUAUGUAUAAAUCAGUACUAAUGAAAAAUUUCACUGAACCCACUCCAUGAUGUUAUUUGACAAAGUAAGAGUUUCUAUGCUUAUUCAUGAAUGAGGAUAUGGUAUUAAAUUUGAUAUUGAAUUCACAAAGGCUUUUCCUAUCAAACAUGUUCUUUCAUUAAAAUAAUGAAUUACAACUAUAA